GUAAAAUGGCGGACCUGGCCAACGAAGAAAAACCUGCCAUUGCUCCACCCGUCUUUGUAUUUCAGAAGGAUAAAGCACAGAAGUCCCCUGCAGAGCAAAAAGGUUUGUCGGAUUCAGGCGAGGACCCCCAGGGAGAGGUUGAGCCCCCUUACCAUGGUCUGGGUCACAUAGAACCAGCUGGUGAGUGCGACUCUGAGCACCCUGUUCCUGCUGUGGCCUCAGUCAGUGCUACCCUGAGUCCUGCUUCUGAAACCCAGCUUGCUCCUAUUCAACAAGAACUGGCAGGGAGGUCUGCUGAUGGAACAAGUCCAGAAGAUGGAGAUGAAUCUGAUCGGGAGGAUGGAAGCUACUGUCCACCUGUAAAACGUGAGAGAACUUCAUCUUUGACUCAGUUCCCUCCUCAGUCAGUAACAAAGAACAAUGUCUUUAUGCCAUCAAGCUUCUGUGAACCCUCUACAGGCAAUUCUGAUUCAGAGCCAGAGGAAAAGAGCAGUGGAUUCCGGCUGAAGCCACCAAUACUUAUCCAUGGUCAGGCACCUAGUGCAGGUCUCCCUAGCCAGAAACCGAAGGAACAGCAGCGAAGUGUUCUCCGUCCAGCAGUAUUACAGGCACCACAGCCAAAAUCUUUCUCACAGAUGGUUCUCAGCAGUGGCACCAAUGGAGUAAAUAUCCCUUCAGGUUCUGCAGCCACAUCAGAAUCACCAAGUGAUGCAACACUGAAAAGUUCAGACUCUGAAGACAAGGCAGCAGAAUGUCAGAAAAAGGAGUCCAACAAUACAUCAGAUGAUGACAGCUGUGAGAAGGCUGAACUAAAUGCGCAGCAAGCAUUUGUUUUUGGGCAAAAUUUAAGAGAUAGAGUUAAGCUAGGAGAUGAAAGUGAUGAAACUGCUGAUGUGCAAAAUGCUGGCCUUCUGACAGCAGAUAUACCUUCUGCAACAAACUAUUUUCUGCAGUACAUCAGUUCCAGUGUAGAGAACUCUAGAAACAGUGCAGAUGCAUCUGGCAACAAGUUUGUUUUUGGACAGAACAUGAGUGAGCGAGUCCUAAGUCCACCAAAAUCAAAUGAAGGUAGUACAGAGAGUAAUAAGGAGAAUGCUGCUACAGAGUCUGGGUCUGAAUCAUCUUCUCAGGAGGCCACGCCAGAAAAAGCUAAUAAUAUUUCAGAAUCACUGGCAGAGUCUGCAGCAGCCUAUACUAAAGCAACAGCAAGGAAGUGUUUAUUAGCGAAGGUAGAAGUGAUUACUGGGGAAGAAGCUGAAAGUAACGUGUUACAGAUUCAGUGCAAGCUGUUUGUAUUUGAUAAAAACUCUCAGUCUUGGGUGGAAAGAGGUCGAGGACUCCUGAGACUCAAUGAUAUGGCCUCAACAGAUGAUGGAACAUUACAGUCUCGACUGGUGAUGAGGACUCAGGGGAGUCUCAGGUUAAUCUUAAAUACCAAGCUCUGGGCUCAGAUGCAGAUCGAUAAAGCCAGUGAGAAGAGUAUCCGGAUCACUGCCAUGGAUACAGAGGACCAAGGAGUUAAAGUUUUUCUUAUAUCAGCAAGCUCUAAAGAUACAGGGCAGUUGUAUGCUGCAUUACACCAUCGGAUCUUGGCCUUGCGCAGUAGAGUGGAACAAGAGCAAGAAAUCAAGAAUGUAGCACCUGAGCCAGAGGUAACGCAGUCAAAUGAGGAAGACAGUGAUGAUGAUGAUGUCAUUGCACCUUCAGGAUCAGUUGGAAGUGGUCCUAAUGAUGAAGGUGAUGGGCAGAACGUUGGUAGCACAUAGCAGAUGUUAGCUGAUCUGCUUGCAAGGCUGCUAUGAACACCAUCUUGCAGGCAUCUCCGGAUACCCCAGGCCAGCGAUUAUUUCAGGCAGUGUUGAAAGCUCCAGGACUUAAGACUGUGCAUCUCUAUUCUGUUUGUUUGGGUUUUUGGUCUGGAUCAGUAGAUUCCACACAAAAAAAAAGCAGACUUGGAAACUACCUGAAUGUGGUUUGGGACAUUAAAAGCUCAUCAUAUUGAUGAGCAAAAAAAAAAUAAAAAUCCAACCCCAAAACAACAAAAACACAAAAUGCAACCACCCCCAACCAUUUCUCCUCUUCCUUGUAAUUAAAAUGGCACAUUACAGCUUG